AUGCAAAGUCUCUUAUUUUUCUUAGUACUCCUUGCAGGAACUCAUGGAAUACAAGCAGUUGAGUACACUGUAACCAACACCGCACUCUCUACACCAGGUGGUAUGCGUUUCCGCGAUUAUAUUGGAACACAAUACACCAUACAAACCCUAGACUCCGCCACACAAUUCAUAUGGAAAAUCUUCCAAGAGAACAACCCUGCUGACAGAAAAAACGUGCAGAAGGUGAGUUUAUUCGUGGAGGAUAUCGAUGGAGUUGCAUUUACAUAUAUCAGCACCAGCGAAAUUCACGUCAGUGCAAGGUAUCUAAAUACCAUUCAAACUAUAGAUGAACUUACAGGAGUGUUGAUUCAUGAAACGACACACGUUUGGCAGUGGAAUGGACAUGGUAAAGCUCCGGUGUUUUUGACUGAAGGUAUAGCAGAUUAUGUGAGAUUGAAAGCAAACUAUAUACCUGGUCAUUGGGUUAAAGCAGGAGGAGGGGAUAGAUGGAGCCAGGGUUAUGAUGUUACUGCUCGUUUUUUGGAUUAUUGUGAUGGUUUGAGAAAUGGGUUUGUGGCUGAGUUGAACAAGAUGAUGAGAACUCAUUACAAGAAUGAUUUCUUUGUUACUCUGUUGGGAAAGACGCCUGAUCAGUUGUUUAUGGAUUAUAAGAAUCAUUAUGGUAAUAUACCCUAA